AUGUCCGCAACGACCACUCUCAAACGUUCGUAUGACACCUUCGUUAGUGAGGAUGAGAAUAGCCGCCGUUUACUUCAUGACUACAACAUGAGUUGCGGUGCCAAACCAUUUUGUUUUGGAUCAUCCGCAACACUAGAUUUUACAAGUCAACAACAAGGAGAGUCUUCUUCAUCAGCGUCGUCGUCGUCUUCACUGGAUGCGGACACGAUUAGGCAAUCAAUGAAAAAACGACGAGAACGAUUAUUGUAUUCAAAAACUCAACCCAAAACAACGCAUACCUAUGUUACCAGAGAGGAAUCUAAAAAGCCUUCUGUUCAAGAAUUCAUUUCUUCCUAUUUGAAAGAAAAACGCAAGUUUUUACUACAACAUUUUCCUGAUCAAAAGUCCAACAUUGAUUUUAAUCAAAAUACGUUCACAAUGGAGGAAGUUGAACAAUUAUUGAAAGUAAGAGAUGAACAGAAUUAUCAAGAAAUGAAUGAGAAAAUUCAAGAAAAACUCUCAGAACAGUAUGAACUCUUUACAAAAUUCAAUCAUGACUACAUUUCCAAACAGUUCAAGGAAACUGAUUUCAGCUAUACGUCUUAA